ACUCCAUACAUUUAAAAUGGCCUCAUCUGCUGGACGAGACAAACUUCGAAGCCGUGGUCAACGAGUUUUCGCAUUUGGAAGUAGUACUCCACGCGAUUUGUCGCACAUGAGCAAGGUUCCACAAAAUCUACGAAACUAUGAUGCAAAGUCAGUUGACAAAUCUCCGAGUGAUGCACCAAGUCUACAUGAUUAUAUUGUUAAAGCAAGAAGUCUUUCUAGAGAAGCAUGUGACUCUCGUAAUCAAUUUGUAUUCGGAUCUUCAACUCCUCGAACACUUGCUCAUCUUGAUAAAAUACCACAUAAGCAGCGAGUCUAUGACGCCAAGAUUCCUAAGAAAAAUACAACUCAUAGUGAUUUCAAAGCAGCUCCAAUAAGGUUUAAUGCUCCUCCUGUACCAAUUACCAAACCUGCCAAAAAGGAAGAAAACCGGCAUGUUAUAACUUCGAAAGAUGAUGACAUUGCGUCAGAGCCAGAUAUUGUACAAGAUCGAGAAGAAUUUAUGAAUGAAAUGAAAAAGCAUAAAAUUGAAUUGGAGAAGAAGAAAAGCCUCGGGAAAAAUGAUUCCAAAACCACCAUAGAAAUUCCAACCCCAAAAGCUGCAGAGACACAACAAGAACAUGUCAAAUUUGCGCAUGCACCAGAAAUUGCUGGGAAUUCUCAAAAAGCAGUUAGAAUACAAUCGGAAACACAGGAAGAAGCACCGGUUGCUGUGAAGAAUUUAUCUGCGAAUAAGAUGAAUGAUCAGAUAGAAGUGAGUCAACUAAUGAACGAAAUAACUCCGGAAAGUGUCCCUGCAGUGGAGAGUUUAGACAAUCAGAAGAAUGCAAACGUUGUUGGAGAUUUGUUGGCAAAAGUGCAGAAGGUGGCAGAUGAUACUAUUGAUAAGUCCAAAACCACUGUAGCUGCUGACGUGGCAAAGAUGAGUGGAGCUCUCCAAAAAGCAGAAGAAGAAGUGGUACAGACAAUAGAUCAAACAGUGAAAAAUAUAAAAUCAAAUGUAAAUGAAGUAAAGAAAGAUGUUGAAAAAAAUAUUGCUGAAAAAGUUGACGACAUCACAAAGGAACUUGAGAAGUCUGCCAAAAGUUUAGAGGAGACGACUGACAAAAUUGGAAGUAAAAUUGAUAAUACAUCUCAGGCUAUUAAAUCAAACUUGGAAGAAGCUUCUUUGAAAACCGAAAAAUCUGUGAACGAUGCUGUAAAAUCAGGAGAAAAGUUGAUUGGAGAUCUUGCUUCAGAAGCUAAAAAGACAUUUGAUUCAGCCGAGCAAAAGCUUGAUGCUAAAUUCUCGAAAAUUGGAUCCACAGCCGAUAGUACAUUAGAAGACGUUAAGAAUGGACUCCGUCACUUUUGAUGACAAAAACAACUCAUAUCUUUUUUGAACCGUAAUUUUAUUAGAGAUGAAAAAAAAUUGAAAAAUGAUUAUGAUAAUGAAAAUUAUGAUAAUAAACAAUUGCUAGGACGAUAAUAAACCUGAAA